AUAUAAAAAUGUUGCUAAAAUUAUUUAUAUUUGGUUUAAUACUCUUUGUAUUAAUUUAUUGGAUUUUGCCUAAAGCAAUAAGUUGGUUUUUGGUUAAGAAGUUUAAAGUUAAAGUACGUAUUGGUCGUAUUAAUUUACCGUAUUUGGCCUUGAAAAAUGUGAACGUCAGCAAAAGUGGAUUUUCGGUGCAAAUUGAAGAGAUUUGUCUGCGUAGCAGUUUCUUCAAUACCGAAGUAACCAAACUAUUGUCGAUUUACAUACGAGAUAUACAAAUCAAUAAAGACAUUAAAUCAAGAACCGAUGGAACACCCAAAGAAGAACAGAAACGUUAUGCAGGCAUAUCACGAGAAGCGAGUGUGGAAAAUGUACCAGAUUUUAGGCAGGCAAAAGUACCGCCAAGUAUUCUUACAUUUGCUCAAUUCAUGGCCGUGCAUAUCAAUAACAUAUCGGUGUUGGUAAUGUAUAAUGAUUUUGAACCUGGUUGGUAUAUACAUGCUCUAGCAAAAGAACUACAUUUGGAUGGCAGUAUUGUGCAUAAUGCUAAAACUUUACUCGUCAAUGCUGCAUUAAAUGAAGCUCAGGCAAAAAUGUUAAGACAUUGUCCUACCAGGCGUCAAUCUUUGGAGAAUUUAAAUAAAAUACGUCCAUGCUUGGGAGAAAUUAGUUUUGAUAUAGCUCUCGAUGCCACCCUAUUUGCCCAAGGUCCUUUAUCGGUGGAUAAACUAUCUUUGGCCAUGAAUAAUGCCAAAUCUACUAUACACGGUGGCCUCUAUGAUUUCCUUAGAGAUGCUAAAAAGCGUACAUUACCCGAGCAUCAAACAACCAAAGAAGAUACUUAUACAUUUACGCCUUUGGCAGGCACAUGUAAUACAUCCUCAGCAACCUCAUUCCAACGGUCGACACGUCCAAAUUACAAUAAUGAAUCAUAUCAAAAGAUAGCUCCUAUUAUACCAAAGAAUUUUAAUUUUAUAAUACAAGCAGCCACUUUUUCAGCCAAAAAAGAAAAUUCACAAAAUGAUUUCAGUGCAAAAAUGCAAUUAUUUAGCAUAACUGGUGAAUUUAAUUCGAAAACAUUUAAUGAAAAUACUCAUUUGCCAACAGUGUGUACUAAACUUACGUUACAGCAUUUGGAUAUUGAUACCAAAUAUGAAAAAUUAUUAUUUAUUGAACAAUUUACUAUAGAUUCAAUGUUACAAAAUGAUAUUUUAAAUUUGUAUGUAAAAUUGAAAACUUUCCAAAUUAUCUAUAAUCAUUGUGAAAUCUAUGAUUGGGUCAACAACAACUUUCUCUCAAGUCAAAGGCAAAAACAACAUCAACCUAUGUUAUUACAAUAUAAACAAAAAUCUUUACCCGAUCAUUUGGGUUCCCUACAAAAACAAUGUUCACAUCAAUAUAAUGAUAAAGGAACAACAGCGUCGGGUGGAGAAAAUAAAAAUGGUUUCUUUGAAUCGUUAAUGAAACACAUAGUGGUCAAGGGUUGUGCUGAAUUGUUUAAUGUUUCGAUGCUAAUGAAAUUGGAUGAUGAUGAACAUGCUGGCAUGAGUGUUAGUCAUACACGUCUGGUACUCGAACAAAUUGAUGAGAAACGCAGUUCAAUCUAUAAAACAAAAAUAUUUAAUCUAUUAUUAAAUCAACGUCACUGGAGUGUUGAGCUAAUGAUAGAAUCUCUUUGGUGGUCUUUGGGUAAUUCCAUUAAUGAUACCAACAAUUUAAAAAAAUCCCAUUCGCCUGGUUCUCCUUUCUUUUUGGGUGUUAGUUUAGUUAAAUUAAGUUCCUAUUCGAAUGCCACCAAACUAGAGGUAUCCAUACAUACAUUGCGUACUGAGUACAGUAUGACUUUGGCGAAUUUUGUAGUGAAGACAGUUAAUUGUAUUAAACAAUAUGGUGGCCUUAAGUCGGAGAGUACUAUAAGUAAACAGAAAACAUUGCAGUCGGUGGAACCUCCCAUCAAUCUUUUAGUCUCGGCUAAAAUCAAAGAUAUAACAGCCUAUUUUGUUAAUCAUCAUAGAGCCUGUUUGCUGUUAAGUUUUUCGGAAAUUACUUUAACCCGGACUCAUCAAAUAUCACAUUUAAAAUUAGAGGAAUUCCAAAUGGCUAUAAUGCGUUCAAUGACCGCUUCCUCUUUGUGUUUGACUGAUUUUACUGAUAUUUUUGCAAAUUGUAAAUUGAUACGUUUGGAAUAUGAAAAACUAGAAAAUAAAAGACCUAAAUUAUCGGUGUAUAUACCAGGCAACACAGAAGCUAUAUGGAAUUCCAAUUUACACAUGCAUAUACUGACUUUGGUGCGCGAUAUGCAAGAAUUGAAAUAUGCUUUAGCUUUGCCACAAAAAGAAAAAUCACCCUCUUCCGUUUCCCCACACUCAGAUCCGAAUAGCAAAAAAUUGAUUAUAGAAUUAUCGGCAGAACGUAGUACUGUUUUCGAAAUUAAACUAUCAGACCGUCAUUCUAUGCAAUGGUUUGUGGAAAAUCUUUUCUUCAGCCACAAGGAAAGUAAUUUUAUUUCGGCCGAAAAUAUUUUCAUUAAAAUUGAUGAUGAACACAUAUUUACUCUGAAAGAUGUGGAUGUUCACUCUCUGGCCAAACUGGAUAUGUUAACGCAUGAAAGAGCAAAUUGUGAGGGUUUUCUUUUGCCUACGAACAAAGUUUGGGUUACAACUAUUGGAGCUUUUAAGGCGAUUUUCCCUUAUGAUCAUGAUUUUUAUGAUGCAGUGCAAAAUCAAUUUGUUUCACACUUCAAAUGGUUGAAAAUGGUACACAACUAUAAGAAGAAACCUUUUACCGCCAGUUCUCCUUUACCCAGUGAUAUUGUAAUACAGAUCAAAGAAUUUCUUUUGGAAAUCAGUGAUGAUCCCUUUGAAGUUAAACUACGUGAUAAUUAUGUCUUGCUCGUCGAUGAAUAUCUAGAGGGCCUUAAGCGAAAGACACUCUUUGAUAAAAAGAUAGCAGAAAUAUGUUCGAAAACUUUGCUAGUGCCAGCGGGCACAAUUGAAACUCUACACGCCACCUUGGUGAAAAAGAAUUCCGAGAUAUAUAUACAACGUUCCAAGAAAAUACGUGAAAGUGGACCGGUACGUACUCGCCUAUUGGCUUGGAUUAUGACAGAUGUAGAAAUCAUGGCCAUGGCUGAUCCCUCGAUACAUGGCACCUCGAAUGUUACACGUAUUAUGCGUGAAAUUGAUUCCGAAAGUCCUUGGCCAGAAGAGGGGUUAGAAUUUACCACUCUAUGGUGUCGCAAUGUUCAUGUCAGCUGUUCGGAAUGGAAAUUUAUGUUGAGGGAUUUUCCUCAGCCUAUGUUUUAUGUCAAGACUAUGAGUCUAUUUGGUAUAUUGUGUGGUGCUGAGCAGGCGGCCUCUAAGCGUGCAAAACGAGAUGUUUACAUAGAGGUAGGAGAACCUUUUGGUACGGAUGUGGUGCAACGCAGCAUGACCGCGUUGAAAUUCUAUCAUGAUUUCAAUUGUGAUUUGGAGUUCUGCAGUUAUGCCUUUGGUCCCUGCUGGGAGCCGGUAAUGGCUCAAUGUAAUUUGAGUUUUGAGAAAAUAUCUGCUCCUUCCAAAGAUCCUAGUCCUCCUUUACCCUUUUGGGAUAAAAUGCGUCUUCUAUUCCAUGGACGUUUGACAAUGAUUGUUAAACAAUUUACGGUGCUGUUGCAUGCCUCUUUAGAUCCUUACAAUACCACGGAAGAAAUGGAAUUAACAUGGAAUAAUGCAGGAAUAGUGUGGACUAAUGCUAAAAUCAUGUUUAAGGGAGAAUUAAAUGUCACUGUACGUACUGCCUCCCGCUAUGAUGAUUGCCGUUUGUUGCACUUUCCUCAUUUGAAAUUAACCUUUAAAUUGAAUUGGGUUUGCUUGGCCAAUCCCAAUGAUCAUCAUGCUGUUAUGCCUUGUGCUCCCGAUAAAUUACCCGAAUACUCUUCUAAUCAGGAACAUGAUUCCUUUAGAGCUUUUCGUUCUAUUAAUUUAAAUAUAUGGAUUUCGUUUGAAACAAAGUCCAAACCGGGUUUGGAAAUUGAAAGUGAUAUUCCGAGUUUGGUAUUAUAUGGCAGUACCUUAAGAUGGUUUGAAAGUUUAAAACUUAUACUGUCGGGAGUUACUAGACCUACACGCCGUGGUACGGUAUUUAAUAAUGUGCGACCGCGUAAAAAACAAUUAAGUCGUCACUAUAAAAAGGCCAAUCUACAAAUGAGUUUACAUCGUUUUCAAGUGCUCUACUGGAUGUCUCAUGCUAGACACAAAGGUUUUCAACUUAAUGGCGGGCGGGUGUCCUUCUGUUCCGAAUAUCUAUUGUCAUUGUCACCCAUCGAUGAUGGUCUUAUACAUCGUCCUCGAGCCGACUGGUCUACAAUUUAUAUGAACUGUGAACUUAAUGAUGCAGAAAUUUGGCUUAAAAGUGUGGAAACAGAAAAAUUCGAUAGUUCCUCGGAGAAUAUUGCUAAUGCUGAUAACUGCAACAAGGUGCGUUUCUAUUUCCUGAGUGUUGGUCGCGUUUCAUAUGGCCGAGAGGCCCUAAUACAAACUGGCAACGAGGAAGAGACAAAUAAAACUAAAUCUUCGACACCUACUCACAAAUUGGUGGUGUACGAUUUAAAAGGUGCUUGGACUAAGAAUAAUCGUGAUGUAGCGUUUGCCUUAUUCGAUUCGUUUAUGAAAUCACAAAAACUCAAAAAUAAUCUGUCCACUGAGGCUGUGAAAAGUUAUCGCAAAGAGGGCAAUUCUAAUGUUAUGAAGAAUAAACGCAGUGAUAGUACUAUAGCGUUGACAAGUAGUUCCGGAGAGGUGCUGCCAAUUGCCAACACUACUACAGCAAUCAAAAAACCUCAGCCUGCUAGUCAUGCAACAGCCAUGUUGCAGCAACUUAUAGCCGAAGCAGAUCAUAAAUUCAAUGUUUACAGUGAUGAUCAAAGUACCCAAUCAAGAGAGCUUCAACUUCAGGGACUGCAAGCCUGUUCUGCACAAGAUGUUAUCCAUGAGAAUUGGUCCAUUUCGUUGGUAAACUCCCAGGUUCUACUUAAAGGUUCCGAGACAUCGGGUUAUGUUAUUAUAAGUGCCGCUAAAGCGGAAAUAUUACAAAGAGUACAUCGUCCCGUGUGGCGAGAUCGUUCGUUGGUAUCGAAAACUACUUGGAAGGGUUUGUUGGAAUGCAUGCAGUAUUAUGCUACCGUAAGUGCCGGAGAACAUGAUUCUCUUUUGGAACGGGAAAUAAUGUGGUUAACAGUAGACAAUAUACAAGAUAAAGAUGAUGCGGUGAUAAACGAUUUACCCGAUAUACCACAUUUAGUGGGCAGUGGACGUAGUGUGGGCGGUGUAGUCUCCGAAACAGUGGGUGCUUCAUCGAGUGAAAAUGCUGGUGAAAAUCAACCCAUACAAUUACAGCGUAUUGUUUCGCGCUGUAAAUGUGAAUUUUUCUAUGUUAGUUAUGGUGAUACUAUAGAUCCUAAUACCAUUACCGAUAUGCCACCACCACCUUCCGAAGAAACUUUAUCUCCCUGGGAAAGGCAAGAUGAUCCGGUAGAUGCUUUUACCCUAAUGCAUCACGAUUUAGAUGUUUGCACUAAUUCCCUGCAAUAUGCCAUGAUAUUGGAUAUUGUCAAUAAUCUAUUGCUAUAUGUGGAGCCGCAACGCAAGCAGGCUUUAGAAAAAUUGGCCAGAAUGCGUUUCCAAUUGCAGCUACACUCAACUGAAGAUCAAAAACGUCCCAUACAACAGAAACAAACACUCAUUAGAAGUUUACUUAUGAAAAUACGUUCUCUUGAGAAAGACAUCCAUUUUAUCAGCCAAAGAGCUGAUGAAAGUGAUACCAUGGAAUGGAAAUUGGAAUAUGAUCGCGUGCAAAAACAUAUAAGAGAAAGUAAGGAGGAAUUAAACACCCUUAGUGAGGAGUUAGAUAUGAUGCUAUUGUGUUACAAGGAAACACAACUUUCACAAUUGAGUAAAAUCUCCAAUGUACUCUCGGACAAAACGGUCAGCAUUGUUCGAGCCAAUGAGAUUUGUUUCAAACGUGCCCAAUGGCGUCUUACCGAAACUGACGGUCAAAUUGGUAUAGCAGAUUUGGUGCUAAGCGGCUUCUUGUAUACGAAAAAAUCAAAAAGUGAUGAUUCGGUAGAACAUCUCUUGGAAUUGGGUAAUAUACGCAUGAACAAUUUGAUACCGCGUGAAAUAUAUAGAGAAGUUUUGGUGCCCACCGAAAUACAAAAAGACAUGCCCGUCGACACUCACAAGCGAGUGCUGAGAGUAUUUUGCCGUGAAAAACCUCCUGUGGGUGGUAUUUCGGUUAAGGAACACUUUGAAAUCAAUGUCGCACCCAUUACCAUCGCUAUAACCAAGAAAUUCUAUUCUACCAUGUUGAAAUUCUGUUUUCCCGAUCGUGAUGCCUCCGAAACAGAAGCUGUUGAUGAUAUAGAAGAAAACUCUUCCAGUUCAUCGUCUUCCUCGAAUUUGCAGACAAAAACGUCGAAAAAACCUUCUAAAUCGAAAAAAUCCUCCAAAGAUUCAGAAUUCUAUGUUAAAAUCGAAAAAGAUGAUGUAGAGAAAAUGAAAGAACGUGCCGAAAAGAAUAAACUAUUUAUCUAUAUCAAAAUUCCCGAGGUUCCCGUGCGUGUCAGCUAUAAGGGUAAUAAGGAAAAGAAUUUGGAAGAUAUUACCGAUUUCUCUUUAGUUAUACCCACCUUGGAGUAUCACAAUGUAACAUGGACCUGGUUAGAUUUGCUGCUGGCCAUGAAAUCGGUUAGUCGUAAGGUGAUUUUAUCUCAGGCCAUUAAACAAAAGUUACAAAUACAUCGUCGGCCACCAACAACCAAUCAAAGUGAAUUUUCCUCACCUCCCGAAGAGGAUAAAGCAAUAAUGUUGUUUGGCAAUCGUUUAGCGGGUGAAAAUCGUAGUCAACGCAAAGGAGUUUUUAAAUUUUCUUCAAGCAACAAAUAAUGAAAUUUAUUUCAUAAAAUUUAUUCAGAAAAGUAUUAUUUAAGUUAUUAAAUAAACAACAAAUUAUAAUAUAUUAAUUUAUUAAAUUAAUUUUCCAUUUAUUUAUCAACUUGUCCACUAAUUUUUUUUUCAUUUCUUAACAGUUUCUUUUAUUUAAUUUUUUUUUAUUAAAAAAUACAAUUUCUUGUGUUAUUAUUACUGCAGUGUGUUUUAAAGUAAAGUUGAGAGUUAAAAAUAAAAAUUUGAAUUUAAUUACUCUACACUGUUAUUAUCUAUAUAGUAAAACAGUUUAGUUAAAAUACAUACAAUGUUUGUUAAUUAAUAAACUACUUAAUUAAAUAUUUAAUUAAUAAAUCACCAGGGAGAAGAAAGUGGAAAAACAAGAAAAAUAUACUUAAAUAAAACUUGUAGUUUAAAGAUCUAAAAGAUAUUUGCUUUAGUAACAACUUCAAUUUAAAUAAAAUUCCAGCUUAUUUUUUAUAUAUUAAUAAAUAGUUUUUUUUAGCUAUAUAUUAAAAAUAAUCAAAAUUUUUUAAACAAACUCAAGAAAACUCACAAUUCUAAACAAUUAUAUUAUAAGCUCUUUAACCAUCACCAUCUUUAAGAGCUAUAAAUUAAAAUUAAUUUAGAUGAAAAAUAUCUUGUUAAAUUAACACAGUUUAUUGUUAUUAAAGACAAGAAAAACU